AUGGCGUGUCUCCUCCAUCUUCCUAUCACAGGGGCAUUACACAGGUUUGAGCCUCUGGGCGUGGACGAGGCAGUCUUGCUGUCGACGGAGAUUCUAGAGGUAUCUGACGAGGAGGCUCGAGCUGAGACCUCUAGGAGCUAUGCCUGGAGAGUUGCCACGCUGGUUCACAUGUAUGACCAGCUAAAUGUAGCUUCACAGACCCCCACACGACAGAUGGGUGGGUACUUGACGCUAUUACAGUGUUGGAUAUAUGAGUAUUUUCCCAGUGUUCAUCAGGGCGUCACUGAUGAUGGCUACGCUGAGACGACCCCAUGUGCCUCCAGGUGGCUUCCGACGAAGGCGUACAUGAAGGGGAUCAAGGGAGCGCCGUACAGGGCACGUUUAGAUGCUCUGAUGAUCAUGGACGUUUCUUGGUUGCCUUACACUGAGCACCGGGCAGUUAGGGGCUUUGAGCUUAUUUCAUGCUACCAGGGGCAGCUCGGAUGGGGUCAUGUUGUGGUCUAUGUCAAACCAAAGAGGGUGGUACGACAGUUCGGGUACAUCCAGACCAUCCCUCCGCCGCCGGUUACUGGUUCGUUGUCGUAUGAGGACAUAGACGACAGGUGGAUGCAUUUUGGGGAUCAUCUAGCACCCGCGGGUGAGAUUUGUGUUGUCCCCGACCAGGUUGCUUGUGAAGGUUGCGAAGCGAUCGCAGAAAGGUUGGACCGUGUGCUCAACCUUAGGAUGGUCACAUUAGGAACAAAGUUACAUGAAAUCAUGGAAGAUUGCUUGCGGAUCUCUAGGGGUGACGCGUCUGAUGGAAGUCUUAGGGCACGAUGUAGACAACACAUAGAUUAG